UAAUGGAGGAGAAGACAGAACAUGGAUAGAAAAAAAGUGUGGUGCUUGUUCCAGAAAUAAGUACAAAUGAUGGUAGUUCCUGGAUAUACACUUGGUGCCUUCAUACUUCUGUUGCAUGUUAAAUCUGUGGCUAAUUAUCCCAAUGGAAGGGUAACGAAGUCGUGCCAUGGGAUGAUACCUGAACAUGGUCACCCACAGUCUGACCCUGCUCACAACAUUUCAGUGAGUCAGAUGACAUUCAAGCCAGGAGAUCAGAUCAAAGUUACUUUGUCAGGGCCACCCUUUAAAGGCUUUCUCUUAGAAGCACGUAACGCUGAGGAUUUGAGUGGCCCUCCUGUCGGCUCCUUCACACUGAUUGACAGUCAAAUGUCACAGCUUCUGACCUGUGAAGACACACAGGGAUCAGCAGUGAGUCACACAAAUUCGCAUGAAAAAACAGAAAUUAAAGUCUACUGGAAUGCUCCAAGCAGUGCCCCAAAUCACAUAAAGUUUCUAGCCACAGUCGUGGAGAAGUACAGAAUCUACUGGGUGAAGAUUCCUAGUCCUGUAAUUUCACAGCCAAAUGUACUUCCUUUUACAACACCCGAAGCUGCAGUAGAACCUAUGCCAACAACAUUACCUCCAGCUUCCCAUUUAACCAAAUCAUUCAAUACUUCAGAUUGUGGGAACAAGAAAUUCUGUAUUAGGAGUCCUGAGAACUGCGACCCAGAGAAAGAGCUUGCCUGUGUCUUCUUGUCCUUCACACGCGAUGACCAGUCAGUGAUGGUUGAAAUGAGUGGUCCCAGUAAAGGCUAUCUAUCCUUUGCGUUGUCUCAUGACCAACGGAUGGGUGAUGAUGAUGCUUAUAUGUGCAUUCGUGAAGACCAGACUGUGCGCAUACAACCUGCCCAUUUGGUGGGGCGAAGUCACCCUGUAAUGGACCCCAGGGAUCCCCUUGAGGAUAUGGCUUGGAGGCUGAUGGAUGGUGUUAUGCAGUGCUCUUUCAGAAGGAAUAUUACCCUUCCUGGGGUUAAGAAUAGAUUUGAUCUAAAUGCAAGCUACUACAUAUUUCUAGCUGAUGGUGCAGCUGCUGAUGGGCGAAUUCAUAAGCAUUCUCAGCAACCUUUGAUUACGUAUGAAAAAUACAAUGUGACAGGCUAUCCACAGAACGUAGGAGGAUCUCAUUCUUUACUCCUUCUGAAGGUUCAUGGUGCCUUAAUGUUUGUGGCGUGGAUGACGACCGUUAGCAUAGGUGUCCUGAUUGCACGGUUCUUUAAACCUGUUUGGUCAAAGGCUUUAUUUGGUGAUGCAGCUUGGUUUCAGGUGCAUCGAAUUCUCAUGCUCACUACUUCUGCCCUCACCUUCAUUGCUUUUCUUCUACCUUUCAUUUACAGAAGAGGCUGGAAUUGGCAUGCAGGCUAUCACCCAUACCUUGGUUGUAUCGUGAUGGUGUUAGCAGUUCUUCAGCUUCUCCUGGCAGCCUCCAGACCACCCCUGCAUGACCCAAGAAGGCAAAUGUUUAACUGGACUCACUGGAGUAUGGGAACAGCUGCUAGAAUAAUAGCAGUGGCAGCAAUGUUCCUGGGAAUGGAUUUACCAGGGCUGAAUCUUCCUGGCCCGCAGAAAACCUCUGCAAUGAUUGGAUUUGUAGCCUGGCACGUUGGGGCAGAGAUUGUUCUGGAGAUACAUGCUUACCGGCUCUCUCGAAAAGAUGAAAUAUUGGAUGAUGAUAGAAUUCAGAUCCUCCAGUCAUUUACUGUAGCUGAAGGAGAAGGUCAUGCUUUUAAAAAGAUAGUGUUAGCAAUUUAUGUCUGUGGGAAUUUGACUUUUCUCAUUAUAUUCUUAUCUGCAAUCAACCGUCUGUGAGCGUGUGAAGACUUUGGCUUUUGCAGACCAGGUGAUAAUUAUCAUCAAGCCAAAAAACUCGAUGCCUGUACCAACUGCCUGGAGCAUAUUCAUGAAUUCUAAUUAGGAAGACCAGGCCAUGUCUAUAGAGAAAUUCUGAAGUCUGGUCUUUAAAUGUCAGCGUUCAACAGAGCCUAUGGGCUAUAAACCGAUGUCAAGCCUUUAGGUGUAAUUCUGAGUCUUAAAGGGGAGGUUGUGCUUGAGGAGAAAUAACUCAAAUUUUUUUAUGCUGAAAUUUUAAGGAUGUUAGCAUUUAAGAAAAGAACUAUUUGGAAAAGCAAAAAGAUGUCAUUAAGAUAAAAUGGGGGUUGUAUUAAUGUAAAUGUGGUUUGGACUAGAAAGGUGCUAUGGUACGUUAAAGAAAACAUUUAUUUUUACUAGUUUAUUUAAAUGGUCUCUCUUAGGGAUUUUUGAGAAACUGUAUUUUUCAGUCCGGUUUUUCAGACAUGUGCUUUGUUCCGUGAAUUUCGUUAUUUCUCUGGUAAAGGUGGAAGUGGGGCUAACCCCCUUUCAUUAACAUUUAUACAUAUUAUUAAUAUUAUUAUUUAUUUCUUAGCAAUGAAAUGCAAGUAUGCAUCUUCUGAUUGAACAUCUUUGUAUAUCCCAUGCUCUUAGAUUGGAAGAAUUAAUAUUGUUAAAGUGACCAUACUACCCAAAGCAAUCUACACGUUUAAUGUGAUCCCUAUCAAAUUACCCAUGACAUUUUUCACAGAACUAGAAGAA